CAAACCAACUCCCCAUCGUAUUAUUUUUGCUUCCUUUCGUGGACUCUGUUCGGGUCAAACUUUCCCACCUCAAUUAACAACGACCAAAUAAAGGUCUCCAUCACCUCCUCGAUCUCUCUUUCUUCCAUGUCUGCGCCCUUUUGAAUUAAGUUCAGGCUCUUCUUUCGACCGAGCUCUCUCGUUCCCCCUUGCCGAUGCCUGUUUUGCUUCUCUCUUAGAUCUCUGUUUCGAUGGAAGGGGAGUGGGAAGAGCGGGUGGAGCUGAGGGCGCUCAGGUCGCUGGGUCUGGGCUUCGACCUGACCUGCGAUUUCCAGCUCCGGUUCGCCAAAGGGUAUCCCCACCGCCGCCUCGUGGAGCUCGAUGAAACUAAUACCUGGGACAUAGCCAUCCCCGGGGGCCCUACAAUUCGUGGCGUCUCCAAGGAUAUCGGCUUCGAUAAAGGCGAUCGCAUGCGGUUCCGCUCCGAUGUGCUCGAGUUUAAUCAGAUGUCUGAGUUACUCAAUCAGAAGUCUUCAGUGCAAGGGAAAGUGCCUUCCGGUUAUUUUAAUGCACUUUUUGGAUUAAGUGGAGUAUGGUUGAAUGACAUCAAGGAGACUAAAUAUCUUGCUUUUGAUGGUUACUUCAUUUCCUUGUACAAUCUGCACCUAAGGGCUUCUCCAUUGGUUCUCCGAGAUGAAGUGAAAAAGGCUGUUCCACCAAAGUGGGAUCCUGUAUCAUUAUCUAGGUUCAUCCAGACGUUCGGGACUCAUAUAAUUGUGGAAAUAGCAAUUGGAGGACAGGAUGUAGUUCGCGUUAGGCAAAGUCCUUCUUCGAUGAUUUCUCCUGCUGAGCUUAAGGUGCAUCUUGAAGAUCUUGGAGAUGUUUUAUUUUCUGAUGGAAGAAGCCUCUCUCCACUAUGUCGGAAGGCCAGAGAAGGAAAGAACAAGGUGCCUGAUGUUUUCAUCAGAAUCUUGCAACCAACUUUGCAAUUGCCUAGCCUUUCAGAAAGUUCAAGCAAGGAUGGCCUCACAGUCAUCUGCUCAAAAAAGGGAGGAGAGAUAGGUGUGUCUGGUCAUUCCAGUUGGUUACAAACAGUACCAAAUAAUCCUGAUGCUAUAUGCUUUAAAUUUGUCCCCAUCACUUCUCUUCUAACUGGCAUCCCAGGCAGUGGAUAUCUUAGUCAUGCAAUCAAUCUAUAUCUUCGCUACAAACCUGAUCCUGAUGAUUUACAGUAUUUCUUGGAAUUCCAAGUCCCUCGUCAAUGGGCACCGAUGUUCAAUGAGCUGGCUCUGGGACCACACAGAAGAAAAACAUCUUACCCCACACUGCAAUUUAGAUUUUUGGGUCCCAGACUUCAUGUGAACACUGCUCAGGUGUCCAGUGGCCUGAAGCCAGUAGUUGGCCUACGAUUAUACUUGGAGGGUAGGAAAUGCAAUCGAUUAGCUAUACAUGUGCAGCACCUUUCAAGUCUCCCCAGCAUGCUCAGCACCUCGUCUGGGAUGUCUCAGUGGCAAGGAUCUGAAGAUGCAGAUUCAGAAUACUUUGAGCCUAUCCAGUGGAAGAGAUACUCGUGUGUUUGCACAGUUACUGUAAAGCACAAUCCUGAAUGGCUCCAGAGAGUAUCUGAUGGCGUUUUUGUGGUCACAGGUGCUCAGCUUGUUACUAAAGGGAAGUGGUCGAAGAAGGUGCUUCAUCUCCGCCUCCUCUUCACUCACAUCCCAAAUUGUACGAUUCGGAAAACUGAGUGGGCUCGUUCACCAGCUACUUCUCACAAGGGAAGCUUUCUAACAAAUCUCAGUACAACACUCAGCACCCCAUUCCUGCAGCGUGAUGCCCCUCCCCCUCCAAAGCAUGAGCCUGCACAGCUUAAUUCAGGGGUUUACCCUGAUGGUCCACCUGUUCCAAUCCAAUCACGAAAGUUAUUAAAGUUUGUUGAUAUGGUUGAGGUGGUUCGGGGGCCCCAUGAUGUGCCAGGCCAUUGGCUGGUGACAGCUGCCAAGCUUGUCAAAGAGGGAGGAAAGAUUGGCUUGCAUGUAAAAUUCGCUUUGUUGAGCCAAACACCUGAGACUGAGAUGAUUUGCUGAUGUACAUAUCAGUGUGCAUCUCCUCUGUAGAUUUCAGGAUUUUGAUAUCAAUGGUAGGCCGAUCAGUGCAUUUUGCUCUUGAUUUUUUGAGUGACGAAUUGUAUAGAAGACAGUAAUAAACUGCAUGAGACUUGGAGAGGUUGUGCAUACCCAUUACUUGUUCGACUUAGCUUUCGUGUUGGAGUUAUUAUUCACAAUGAAUCAAGCUUUUGUUCUCGAA